ACAUCACCAUUAAAUUAAUUUUAUUUACGGGGAUUGAAGAGCCCAGCUCUGUCAGCCUUUCUCAGACAGGACAAGUUUUUCAUCUUCUCUGAAAUACCAGGCCCCCAAAGAGUCCCAGGACCCAUCUGAGUCCCAUCCCUUUGGAGUAGCUGCUUCAAACUAGCCUAGGAAGCACCCAGCUCUUGUGGUCAAGGGAAUGAUGGAGGAUGGAGCCAAUCUGCAAGAGCAGGAGAGACCCAGCCUUCGUCUGGAAAAGCUACAGCACUGGGCAAGGCACAAGCAAAAUGGACAGCUUUUGGUGCUGGCGGUGACCCAGAUAUGGCUGGCAUUAGUUGUGGUACCCUUUGCUGUCUCAGUCGCCUGCCUGAACUCUGCUUGUCACAUGGCCACAGCACUGCCUCUUGGGUCUGGAGUCUCAGGUCUCCUAACUGGGACUGUCACCCUUGAGCUUCGCAGAGCACCCCGCCUCUGGAAGGUACGGGCCAUGAUGAUAUUCAACACCUUCAACCUGAUCUUGGGCUUCAUUGCGGUGGUGGUCGAGGUGAUGAAGACAGCUUUGGGGCCUUCUCCCACAGCCUCCUCCCAGCUGGUGGGCUUGCUGGUGCUGGAGCUCAGCGCUGAGGUCUUCACCCUAGGAGGUGUGCUGGCCUCCGCAUAUGCCCUAUUCUUGCUGAGCCAAAGGAAGCCAGGAUGCUUCAGGAGCCAGAGUCUGCACUACCAGGAACUGCAAGAGGGCCUCUCUGAGGUCGAAGAGGUUCCUGGUUUGGAAAAUGGUACUAUGGUGGCCAGCACAGGAAACCGAAAUGAGUGAGCUGCGAGAGCAAGGAGAUGGAGACAGGAUCUACAGCCCUUCUCUCUUGAGGGAGCACCCUCCAGAUUGCCCCGCAUGCCACCCCAGCAAACUCAGAAGACAGCAUGAGGUCUAGUGGAGUUCUUUCUUGUCCCUUCCCCACUAGAUGAAAAUAUACCUGGACCUGGGUCCUCCAUCUCACUUCACCGCCCUGUAAAGGGGCUUCCUCCCUUCCAUCCUUGCCCUCCUCUCCCCACUGCUUCUUUCUUAGAUUCGGGUAUGGUCCACUCUAACAGAGCCUACAAGUCCCAGGAUGCCCCGCUACCCCGUGACCUUCUGGGAAAUAAAGAGCCUUCCCUCCGCGGCAGGGGCGCUGUGCAUCUGCCGAGUGACGCGAGGCGCUGCAAGUCAAGGCCUAGCCGAGAGUUUCCUCGGGCGCGACCACUAGGCCCGCUAGCGGGGAGAAGCCGGGCGGGCGGUCCUGCGCCGGGGCGCCACACAGCAGCCACGCAACCGCGAGAGGACUCUGGGCCCUCGCCCCUCCCUCUGUCAGCUUCCGAGCUCGUCGACGGCUGGGAAUGGCGCUUGGCAGAGCUGGGGGUUCGCAGGUGCUCUCGCCGCGCCCCCUCGCAUGAGUGCUCAGGUCCAAAGUCCUGAGACUUGGAGCGCGCGCGAGAAGGAGGUUGGAGAUGAUGAGUCAGGAGCGCGGGGCCUUUCUCGUCCCCCUCCCCCCCACGUCCUGGGCGUCUGCGGAUAACAGGCUCGCUGGGCAGGCCGGUGGACCCGGCAGGCAGAGGGAAGGACGUGGCGACCCGACUUUCCCGCCUAUUGCUAGCACGCGGAUGUAAAGAGCCUUUCCAAGGCGGGAGCGGUACUGCGCACACUCAGCCUCUGCGCAGCUCCGCGGACCUUUGAUCCCGGGCUGCAGUCUGGUUACUGAAGCUCUGCUUGCACUCAGCCCUCACCGUUUAUGACCUUUGCAAGUGUACAAAGAUAACAAGCUCGGGUGGGCCUGGGGAAAAGCGAGAAAACUGAGAGUCCCCGUAGCACCAGUCGGGCAGCUUAGCCGCUAGCACUAGAAAUUGAUCAGAGCUGGAGUACUAAGA